GACUGGCUGUAACGUGAGAAUAAAGUGCAUGUCAUUUGCCUAACAAUAGGCAGCAGCUACAGGGGCUCACAUGCAGUGUAUAGACUAUACAGGUAAGCUGCCUCCCUGCACUGAUUAGGGCACCGUGUGAGCUCAACCGGAUUAGAAAUCUUCCUUUUUUUGCAUAAUUUGAUUAUCAAAAAUGAGCUAAUGUUUAACCAAGGUGAGGACAAGCCUGUCAGGAAAGAGAGAGACUUUGAGUGGAACUGAGAUCUUCAGCCUUCACCUGGGAACGUGCACAGAAUAACGUGGCAAUGCCAAUACCGGGGGUGUACCAGAAGAUAGCAGAAGGCCAGCAGGCCCAAAAGAGGAUCGGAACAGUGGAAAAUCCCAAGAGAUUUAAAGGGCAAGAGUUUGACUCAAUCCGGGAAACCUUCUACAGCAGGAGGCAACUGUUUGAGGACGAAACGUUUCCGGCACACGUGAACUCCCUUGGCCUAAAACUGCUGCCCAGAGACCAGCUGCUCAGCAUACAGUGGGCGAGGCCAAAAGAAAUUCAGAGAGAUGCCCGGCUCUUGGUGGAUGGAGCGAGUAUCUUUGAUAUUGUCCAAGGUCAAGUAGGUGACUGCUGGGUCCUGGCUGCUGUCGGAGCUUUGACUUUGCACCAGAAAUUUCUAGAUAACGUUAUUCCUAAGGAUCAGGAGUUUAAUUACAAAUAUGCCGGUGUCUUCCACUUUAGGUUCUGGCAGUUUGGUGAGUGGGUGGACGUGGUUAUAGAUGACCGGCUGCCGAUGCUGAAUGGAAAGUACCUGUCUGUCCAGCCCCGCAGUGACAAUGAGUUCUGGCCCAGCCUGCUGGAGAAAGCCUACGCCAAGCUGCGCGGCUCCUACCAGAACUUGCACUGGGGUUACCUAUCAGAAGCCCUGGUUGAUUUCUCAGGAGGGGUGCAAGUGGAGUUUGAUCUAAUGAAACCCCCGCAAGAUUUGAGGGACAUCGUUAUAGAAGCUGCCAAAACAGGUUCACUCUUGGGCUGUACCACUCCCGGCAAUAAACAAUCUGGAAAUCCAGAAUUACAAAAUGGCCUAGUGCAGGGUCAUUCCUACACCGUGACGGAUGCUAAACAGGUGGAGUACAAGAAUGGCACAGAAGAUCUGAUCCGUGUUUGGAAUCCCUGGGGGAAAGGAGAAUGGAACGGACGAUGGAGUGAUAAUGCACCUCAGUGGGACCGGGUCAGAUCCGAUAUAAGGCACAAGCUAAAUGUUCAAAAGAAUGACGGAGAAUUCUGGAUGUCCUGCCAAGAUUUCCUGCAGAAUUUCAGCAUUGCGAGUAUUUGUAAUCACGUGCCGGCGUAUUUCGACUUUGACAACCCAAAGCGAGCGUGGCAGACUCUCACGCACUUCGGACGCUGGGUGAGAGGAAGCACGGCUGCCGGCUGCAGUAACUCAGAGGACCUGUGGAGGAACCCCCAGUAUGUGAUAUCAGUGUCGGACUCUGAAGGGAUGAAGAAGGGGUAUAAUGUGACUGUGGCGCUGAUGCAAAGCCUGGAGAAUGAGAAUAAAAACAGCCAGAGAUGGAUAGGCAUUGGCUUUGCAUUGUGCAGGGUGGCAUCCAAGGGUGUGAGGGGUUUAUCUCAGCAGAAUUAUUCCCCAAACCAAGCCAUGGAUGUCAUCAAUACAGACAUUCAAAUAAGCCGUGAAGUCACGCGUUCAUUUAGGGCUCCUCCAGGGACGUACGUUAUCAUCCCCUUCACCGAAAGCAAAGGCCAGGAGUCUGAAUUCCUCUUACGGAUCUUUCUGAAGACAAAAGAGAUUGAUAAAUUUCAAGACAAUAAAUCAGCUCCAAGGGAAGGGAGCCAAACACUUUAUCCCAGUGAUCCUGCAUUAAGGAACCAGGGCAGCAGUUCACUCCCCAGGGAAGAGAACCAUUAUCAGUAUGCGAGUGAUGCAGGGUUAAGUGAGUUUAGCUCCAGUCUCAGCAUGAACUCCCAGAUUCCCAAGGCUGUGCUGAAGAACUAUCAAGAUGGUGGCUAUGAAUCGGUGUUUAUCCAUUACUGUAAUAAGAGCUCGGAAUUAUACGCUGAACAGCUACAAAGACUCCUGAACGAGGUGAUAAUUAAAGAUCAGACUUUCAAUGGCAGCCGAGGAGACUUCACCUUGGACGCCUGCCGGGGGAUCCUAAUGUUGAUGGAUCUUAAUGCCAACGGGAGGCUCAGUCUGCAAGAAUUUGGGCGUCUCUGGAAACGACUCAGUAUGUGUAAGGACUUGUUCAGAUCAAUAGACAGAAACCAGACCGGAUUCAUUGAUGCCUCCGGUUUGAGGAAAGCAGCUCAGCUUGCAGGGCUGCCAAUCAGCAUUGCUGUUAUCAACGUCAUGGUCCUGAGAUACGCCAACUCCUCGGAAAAGCUCAACUUUGCCGAUUUUGUCUGCUGCUUGAUUCGCCUGGAAACCGUAACAAAAGUAUUUAAGAACCUAUCAAAGGAUGGCAGAGGCGUUUACCUAAGUGGAGAAGAGUGGAUGCAGAUAAUAAUGUCCAGUUGACACCAAUAAAGAGUAAGAGAUUUUGAACCGUAAAGGAAGGAGAGUCUGUGCGGCAGCAGAUCUAGAGUUUGUGCUACAGAGACAUCAAUUCAAUGAACUGAACCCCCUGAGUGGCCUGACUGUGGGGUAUGGAGCCCCAAUAUCUAUUCUGAUCAUUACUGAUCUCACGCUGAGACAUAACCACUCAUAAAACCACAGAGAAGGUAGAAUUUUUAGGAACGACAUAAGGACAUUUUUUGGGGGGUGGGAUAUUUUUUUCUGUGAAGGGUCAGGGUCAAACAUGGCAAUUAUACUAUGAAUGUGCAUCUUAGGAUAAAUGAGCAGAUUUUUAUACACUGAUUAAAUGUAAAUCCAAUUUAAAAAAAACUUUGCUCUUUC